AUGUCGGGGUCAGCACAUCUCGUCCGUGCAGGUGACGGGACCGUGGAUGGUGAGGAGGAGGAGGAUGGAGGUGGCGAGAGGAUGGAGAUGCGCCGAAGAAGAUCGGGGAUGGGACAACGUGGGGCUGGGAAGCGGCUGCCGACGUCUGCGGGGAGGGUGGGGAGGAGUUUUCCCCGUGGGUCACCCCUGGCCACCCACAGCGGUGAGAAGCCCUACGAGUGUCCCGAGUGUGGGAAGAGCUUCGGGUGCAGCUCCCACCUCGUCACCCACCAACGUACCCACACCCACGAGCGACCCUACGGGUGUCCCGCCUGCGGGAAGCACUUCAACCAGAGGUCCAACCUUCUCAUCCACCAGCGGGUCCACACCGGAGAGAGACCCUAUGGGUGUCCUGAGUGUGGGAAGAGCUUCAGCUAUAGGUCCGUCCUCCUGAUCCACCAGAAGACCCACACCGGGGACAAGCCCUAUAUCUGCGCCGACUGCGGCAAGAUCUUCAGGCAGAGCUCGGACCUGACCAAGCAUCGCCGGAUCCACACCAGCGAGAGACCCUACGGUUGCGCUGAGUGCGGGAAGACCUUCAGCCUCCGUUCCCACCUCCUCUCUCAUCAGAGGACCCACAAGGGUGAGGAGCCCUACAGGGGUCCCGACUGCAGGAGGAGCUUCAACGGCAGCUCCAACCUCAUCACCCACACCGGGGAGAAGCCCUACAGAUGCCCCGAGUGUGGGAAGGGUUUUGGACGCCUCUUGCAUCUCCACCGGCACCAGAGGACCCACACCGGUGAGAAGCUCUUCACCUGCUUGAGCAGGAAGAGCUUUGGUGAGAGCUCCUCCCUCAUCCGUCACCAGCAGGUCCAUUCAUGA